AUGAGGACCAAACGCCAUUGCCGAAAUCCACCUCCUCCUUCCAAUCAAACUCCCAGAAGAAUCGGCGAAGAUCGAAUCAGCGCCUUGCCCGACGCUGUUCUCAUCCACAUUCUUUCGUAUCUCCCGGUGAUAGACGCAGUGAAAACUGGUGUGUUAUCAAAACGAUGGGCACGACUUUGGACUUGGACUCCCAACCUGGUCUUCGAUCAACUAGGAGAAUGGGAUGAAAAGACCAACAAUUUUGUUCCCUUCAUCGACGCAUUUCUUGUUCUUCACAGCUCCCCCAAGAUUCAAAAGUUGGCCCUUGAUUUGGAUUACAAAGGAAAGCGGCUGCACUUAGACAGUUCUCUGAACAAAUGGUUGCAUUUCGCCACGAGAAGAGCCGCUGAAGAGCUGAAUCUACAACUAAGUGAUUUAGGCUACUUCCAUUCUUGGGAUUUUAGGGGACCAGUUGAACGUUAUUUGUUGCCUUCCUUCAUAUACACCAACAAUUCCAUGAAGAGGCUGGAUAUGAGCUUCAUCGAUGUUCAACCUCCUGAUGCAGUCAGCUGGCCUUUCCUCCAAAGUUUGUCGAUCAGAUGUCUUACAAAUUUCAGCCCUAACAUUCUGUCGCUGGAAAUUUCGGGGCACUUCUACAAGAGAAAGGUUCAGUUACUGGACCUAUCCUCUUUGGUUGAUGUUAUCAUCAAUCUUCAGCUAUGGGUGGAAGACAGAUACUGUUUGUUGGUAGAAUAUAGCAACAUCUUAAGAGAAAUUCUUCAAAAAAUUAGACAUGUGGAGAAACUCACCGUAGGGGCUACUAGUAUUAAGCAAAUAGUGACAUUUGCAACUCUUGCACACCAAAUGUGCUAG